UAACGGAACUCCGGGAAGUAGAGACGGGAGACCUGAAGCUACCGACACUCUUAUCCAAGGCUUGAGGUUCGGAGUCCGAGCCUGAACUCCGAGCUUACUGAAUCCGAAUCUCUUUCCCUGGCCCUAUCUCAGUGGUGACUGAUGGCUCAUCACUGCGGCUUUACUGUCAACCCCAUUCAUCUUUCUUCCAUGUCUAUCACUCCUACAAAAGGGAAUGUUCCUCUUCACAAUCUAUCUGGUUUUACUCCAAUUUCUCAAUUUUAUGUUAAAUUCUUCUGAAUUUCUGGUUUUUGAAAGAUGAUGCAUGCCAAAUCCGAUUCUGAUGUGACAAGCUUAGCCCCAUCGUCGCCAAGGUCACCGAAGCAGCGGCCGCUGUACUACGUGCAGAGCCCUUCAAGAGAUUCUCACGAUGGCGACAAAUCGUCCACCCAAGCCACUCCCGCCUUCAACAGCCCCAUGGAGAGUCCUUCGCAUCCCUCUUAUACGCGCCACUCUCGCUCCUCAUCUGCGAGUCGGUUUUCCGGCACGUUCCGAUCUGCCCUUGGCCGGAAGGGCAGCCGGAAACGUAACGAUAAGGGGUGGCCGGAGUGUAAUGUGAUUGAAGAGGAGGCAGACUAUGAGGAUCUAUACGACGACAAAGGGUUAACUAGAAGAUGCCAGAUUCUGAUGGCUCUGCUUGCGUUUGUCCUUAUCUUCUUCGUGUUUUGUUUGAUCAUUUGGGGUGCUAGCCGGCCUUUCAAAGCUGAGAUCAGAGUCAAGAGCAUGACAGUUCAUAAUGUUUAUUUUGGAGAAGGAUCAGACACAACAGGAGUCCCGACCAAAUUACUGACAACCAACUGUUCAUUAAGGAUUACAGUGCACAAUCCUGCAACUUUCUUUGGGAUUCAUGUCAGCUCCUCCCCCAUCAAUCUUAUGUACUCCCAGAUUGCAGUUGCCUCUGGUCAGUUGAAGAAAUACUAUCAACCGAGACAGAGCAAUCGAGUCGAAUUGGUGAACCUUCAAGGGAACAAGGUGCCAUUGUAUGGGGCUGGAGCCAGCCUUGAAGCCUUGGAUAAAAACGGAAACAUUCCUAUGAUGCUGGUGUUUGAAGUUCAUUCAAGAGGGAAUGUGGUGGGGAAACUGGUUAGAUCAAAGCAUCGAAAGCGUGUCUCGUGUUCUUUAGACAUCGACUCUCGCAACUCAAAGCCGAUGAAGAUUAAAGCUGAUUCAUGUACUUACGAUUGAGAGAGAUCUUCAUCUUGCAUCUUUCUCUUCAUUGGAAGGGAAAGAUUCUACAUUUAGAAUCAUCCUUCACUUGUAGAUUUAGUUCUUUCUUCUUUAGAGCCAUGGAAUAAUUAAUGAG